GUUGAUUUCAUUACUGAAGAACUAGAAAAAUCUUCUCAAAAAACUGUUUUAGAAAGAAUUAAUGAAGCUAGAGAUGAACUUUUACAAAAUAUUUUAAAUCGUAAUGAGGAAUUAACUAAGUUAAGAAAGCAAAGAGAUUACAAAAAAAGAAGUCGUAUUACUUGUCAAGAUAUAUUAGGUAGUAAAACUUUAGAAGCUGAUUUAGAGUUAGUAGAAUAUGGACUUUUUGGAGAUAUUAAAGUUUCAGAAAAUAUCAUUGAAAUACUGACUAUAGAUGAUAAUUAUGCUAAUAAUGUUCCAGUAGUUGUUACUAAGCCAAGUACUUUUGAAAUUGAUUCUUGUAAAAUAGGUACUGCUCAAGCUAAUAGUAAGACUUUAUUUGUUAUCCAUAUGAUUGAUACCAAAGCUUAUGAAAUGAUUGAGUAUAGCAAUAAGUUUAAUAAAGCAGAAAAAAUUUUAGUAUGUAGAAGCAUGAAGGAUAUUAUUCUUAUCUUACAUCUGAAAAUUCAUUCUUUAAUUUCAAUUUAUGGAUACAGCGAGGCUUUUAAUAUAAAAUAUUUAGAGUUAGAGAGCAAGUUUAAUAGAGUUAUUAUUAAACAUUUACCUAAUGAUUAUCAUAUAAUUAUAUUGGAUAAAAAUACUUAUAAAAUCAAGGAUACAAUCAAUUAUCUAAUGAAGGUUAGCAAGCAUUAUAAGGAGUAUACUAAAUUAAAAACAAAAAUUGGUGAUAAAGAAGAAAUUUUUGACAAUAAUUUAAUUGGAAUUGAAUUUUAUUUAGAAAAAUUAGUUUACAUCUUAGAUGCUAUUUUUUAUAAUAUUGAAUUGAAUAAAUAUUCAAUUGAUGUUGGUUAUUAUGCUACUAAAUGGAUUUGUAAAAAAUGUCAACAGGAAAAAACUCAUCUAGAUAAUUGUACUUAUUUAGUUAAUAAUUUACAAGGUGAGUCAGGUGAGAAUAAAAUAGUUGAAGGAGAAGCUAAAUUAGGCCAAUUUAAAAAUAAGAUGGAAGCUACUAAGCGGUUAACAAGUUUACAAAGUGAUUUAUUAAAUAAAAAAACCGUCUUUAUAGAUGUUGAGAGAAUGCAAAAAGUUACUAAGCAG